AUGCACCCUCAAGUUGACCAGCUCAACUCGAUGCGCAUGACCAAGCUCAAGGAGGCGGCGGAAGCACAGGCCAAACAGGUUAUGACUGGUGUGAGAUGUGUCUACAUGAAUACCACUUUGAAACCUGACAAAUCUACCUUGCAAGCCGCUGCCGACAUUUUUAGUGUAGCCUUGGACAAAGUCAUACUUAUCGAGGGCAUGGUCUUCUCCUUCACUUUACAGCCAUACCCGCUAUCGCUCCUAGAACAAAUGGCGCCCGCCGGUGGCAAUGUGCUUGGCCUUGGCCCUGUUGAUGGGCCGUUGGUAUCAGUACUUAUACUCAUGUAUUGGAAGAACAAGAACGAUUAUGAGACAGCUGUCAGCCGGCCUAGAGGAGUCAUUGAGGAAAUUGACAAGGCCGCUGCUGCGAGAGGUACAAACGUCCCAUUCAAGUACUUGAAUUAUGCUUUUGACCUCCAAGAUCCCAUUGGUUCUUAUGGUAUUAAGAACCAAGAGAAGCUUCACAAUGCAAGUCGAAAGUAUGACCCAGAAGGUCUGUUUUAG